AUGGAUUGGAUUAUCUAUAGUGAAAAAUUGGAACAGUAUUUUGAAGCAAAUCUCAUAAAGGAGGAAAACAUAAAAGUGGCCAUGUUAUUAAGUUUGAUUGGUUCGGCAACUUAUAAACUCGUGAGAGAUCUUGCGUUUCCAAAACUGCCAAAGGAAAAGACUUAUAAAGAAUUAAAGGACCUAUUAGCAGGACAAUUCACCCCUAUAGUAUCCAUAUUCCGUGAAAGAAUUAAAUUUUUCAAUGUCAUGCAGCAAGAGGGCGAGUCGAUUAAAGAUUGGUAUGCCAGGCUAAAAUCCUUAGCGGUAAACUGCAAAUUGGGUGCAGAGCUGGAAUUUCCACUAAAAAAUAAAUUCAUCUGUGGAUUACGGAAAGGUAGGAUCCUAGACAGGCUCUGUGAAGAGAAAGAAGACAUCACUUUAGAAGCGAUCGUGAAAUUAGCAGUUCAAAAGGAGGAUGUAGAGACAGUCUGCAGCAACGUAAAUUGGAUGGGCCGCAGCAAAAAAUGGAGUGAACAGGAACGACCGGCAGUAGCAGCGCGGAGCAAUCAUGGAAA